GAACCGAGUGCCGGCUGCAGUUCGAUGCAUGCCCAAAACGGGGGAGCACGGGAUGAUUCGAUCGCAAUCUUGUCGCUGGCGCUGUCCUCCCGCUGGCCCUCCCCGCUCCGCCCUUUCUUCUCCUUGCACCCUUUCUUCGCCUCCCUAGAGCAGAGCCGUUUCGGAGGGCUUGCAGCGUUUGCGCUCCCAUUUCUCCUCAUUCCGCAUCCCCUGCAUAUCUGCAUCUUGCCGCGCCAUCCCAUCUGAAGAAAUCGCUCCCGUCCGUGCUUGCGAUCACUAUAGACAUCGACAUCGACACCGACACCGACACCGGCGCCAACACCAACAUCGCCGCCAUGAUGAGCUGUCGAUCCCCAUCGACGACAGCCGACAACCAGACUCUUGCCUCGCUUGUAGAGACAAUGGAGCAGACGCUAUACCAUGAGAGCUUGGCGCCAGGUGCAAAGCUCACUGUGCUUCAAGAUUACAUCCGUAAAAUGAAGGCCACCCUGCAAAUAGCCGAUCCAUACGACGAGGAUACGCAACUGCCCGACGAUAUCUUGCUUCGGAUCAUGCUUUAUUUGGACGGCCAGACCCUCUGCAAGAUGAUGCAGACCAACCGACGAACCCAUCGCUUGAUCCUGCAGUACGAGCAACUGCUCUGGCGAACGCUGACCGAGUCUCGCUGGCUGACGCUGGUCAACGACAACCACAUCCUCAGCAUCAACCCUCACUCUGCCAUCUCCAAGUCGGAGCCGCGAGCGCAUACAGAGCUGAGCCAUAUCGUCGCCGAGACACAGUCCCUCUCGCUCUCGGACAAGAAGCAAAGCCGGGCAGGCCGAGCCGGCCGAGCCAGCGGGCAUUCGUUUGUGCCCGAAAAGCGCCCCUGGGCCGGAUAUUUCAUCGACAAUACCCUCCGGUGGAAGGACAUCUACGAGCAGUUUUGGAACGUGUACUGUGGCAACUAUCGAUUCAUGAUCGUGAUGGACUACAAGGAGUCGUAUCGACGUCAUCUGAUGAAUGACUCUCAGCAGCAGCGAGAUGUCCAUCGCCAGGAUCACGACGGCGCACUUUGGCAGCACCAACGGCAGACAAGUCCGCAGCGGCAGAUGAAUCGAAAGGGUGGCAAUUUGCGGGCAGACGUUGGAUGUCGUGCCCGCGGAGUGAAGCGUGAUCGUCGCCGCUACGUGCUCCAAUGCGGGCAGCCUACUCAGGCAACCAGUGGAUACGCAGUCAACCUUCGGCUUUGCGGCAAAUACCUGUGCUGGAUCUCGGAUACCAAUCUCGCGGUCUGCGAAGUGAACGGCCACACACCAGAAUACCUCUCGGGCCACAUGGCGGCACUGAUCUGCCUGUCGACGAACCAGCGCAAUAUUGCCGUGACCGGAGCCGAGGACCACGACGUCCGGGUCUGGGACCUGUCGAAGAGGAUGUGCAUCGGCUACUUCCCGGGUGUCGAUUGUCUGGACGUUGCCGUGCACGAGGAGGUAUUCGUGACCUACAGCAACGACAACAUCAUCUGCAUCUGGGAUAUCGGCACAAAGACGUGUCUGAAGCAAAUCGACCUGAAGCUACAUGAAGAUCAGAUCGACCGGUCGAUUCUCGCCAAGGAGGUCAAGAUUGAUUUCUGGGGGACCAACAUUGUCUGCGGAUUCGAGAACACGACAUUCCUGGUUGUAUCGACAAAGCCUGGCGAGCACAUUCGUGUGCUUAUGGAGCCCUCGAGCCACUUUCGGGAAGAGCUGGAUUCGUCAGCGUAUCCAACAGUACUGUCGCUCUACAACUCCAUUCUGGUGACUCGCGGCAUUCGAUGGAACGAGGAUGGCGGCCUCAGAUUUGCGUAUGGGACAUUUGCGAAGGCCGUUUGCUCUACCGACUCAGCGAAAGCAGCUCCUACCUGCAUACCGCUGGAACGUACAUCAAGCCGACCGAGGUCAUCACGGACGUCACGAUGGACUCGAGUGGCAGCUAUAUCAUGUGCACAGUCGAGUCGGCCUCGGAGGUCGAGAUGGGACAGGUCUAUCUGCUGGUGUGGGACUUUCGACCCGACGGCGCCGAUCCAGAAGCGACGGCCGAGCUCAAGUGGGGCGAGGCAUGCACUCCUGCAGUCGCCUGCAAGUCACGACCGCGCGGGUUCGAGAAACGCAGUCUCGAGAGCAUCGCGGGCGACCUCACGUUUGACUACACGAACUUUUGGCUCUGCUACGAGUAGCGAAGGAAGGGAACGGUGCAGCAAGUUUCGAGACCAGGGAGCUGAAUGGUUGGGCAUCGGCCGGCAGUCGGUGGCCCGCCAUGUGGCUCGUCAUGUGGCGGCAGCACGGCCGUGAAUACAUGGGACAUAUCGCGGAGGCACUCAUGCUGCCAUUCCAAAAGAUGCAACAGAGACGAGUGUUCCGCUGCCCACGAUGGCCGGGAG